AUGAUCAACCCCAACUACUACCCGUGGGGCUACGACAGCGACAACGGACCAGAUCAGUGGCACAAAAAUUACCCGAUUGCCAAAGGACGCCAUCAAUCACCUAUUGAAAUCAAUAACGAAGAAGUGCAUUAUGAUCGCUCCCUACUACCAUGGUUUGCUAGUUAUGAUCCCGGUGCAGCUAAGACCAUCCUCAAUAAUGGGAAAACCUGCAGAGUUGUAUUUGAUGAUUCUUUCGACAGAUCAGUGCUGAGAGGUGGGCCACUUCCAGGAGUCUACAGGUUGCGUCAGCUUCACUUUCAUUGGGGUUCGUCUGAUGACCAUGGCUCUGAGCAUGUUGUGAAUGGAGUGAGAUAUGCAGGAGAGCUACAUUUGUUACACUGGAAUCCCAAAUACAGUAAUUACCUUGAUGCUGUGAGAAGAACUGAUGGAAUAGCUGUUUUGGCCAUAUUUUUGCAAGUAGGGAAAACUCCCAAACCAGAGAUGAAGAGAAUUCUGGAAGAAAUAAAUGCUAUCAAAACAAAGGGGAAAGAAGCUCCUUUUCCAAACUUCGAUCCUUCAAUUCUUUUCCCUAAAUCUCAUGACUACUGGACAUACCAUGGGUCUUUCACUACUCCGCCUUGCGAAGAGUGCAUUACCUGGAUUGUUCUUAGAGAGCCUAUCAUAGUCAGCUCAGACCAGAUGGUGAAGCUCCGCAGCCUAUCCAAGAAUGCCGAGAAUGAACCUGAUCUCCCUCUGGUUGAUAAUUGGCGGCCGACUCAGCCUCGGUAUUUCAGGAUGGUGAGCGCAUCAUUCCUCUAG